AUGGACUUUGCCUCCCCCAACGAGUCGGACGUGGACAUGAUGCACGACGACUCGAUGCUGCACGUGAACCUCUCGGCGCAGUACGGCCACCCGCACCACUCGCACCACCAGCAACAGCACCAGCAGCAGCAGACCCAACAGCAGCAGCAGCAACAACGUCAACAAGCGCCUCAACAGCCCCAAGCACGAGGAUCGCAAGCGCCGCCGCCGCAGCGGUCGCUCCACUCGCACGUGAACCUCUCGACGAGCGACGCCCACUCGGUCUUCCCCGGCGUCUACGUGCCCGGCCUCAACCACAUGGAGCCGCAGCCGCAACAGGGCGACGCCAUGGAAGAGUACGCGCGGCUUAUGGGCAUCAAAGUCGAGUCGGACGACGUCCACGUCGUGCCCAACGGCAACGCCUUUACGAACAUUGCCAAGAUCCAGGCCAACGCCGCGUACUUUGAGAACCUCAUGAGCGCGCGCGACCGCAACGACGCGAUGGACGACGGCACGAACAUCACGUCCAUGACGCUCCCCGCGGGCAUCGGCAGCGGCCUGAACGGCCAGUUCAUGGCGGCCUCUGGCAGCGUCCUGACGCCCACGCCGCCGCUGUACAACGCCACGUCGGAGUUGGCGUACCAGGAGAGCAGCUCGCGGCUCUACGACCCGUCGUCGGGCUUUCCGGGCCACACAGUGCCCCUGCCUUUCCACAAGGGCCCCCAAGUGCGGCCGAGUAUGCUGCCGCCGGACCUCGUGGGCUCGCAGACGCUGCCGCCGGAGAUCAUCUCGGCCAUGAUCAAGAACAACUCGUCGCACAACUUUGACAACUUGAGCGAAGACGAGAAGCAGGCGCUGAUCAAGGAGGAAAAGUCGAGGGAGCGCAAUCGCGACCACUCGCGCAAGUCGCGGCUGCGCAAGAAAGAGUUUGUCGAGUCGCUCAAGCACGAAGUCGGACAGCUGCAAGUGUACCAGCAGAUUUGCGAACAGUGCAUGGACUGCAUUGCGCUCGUGACGGCCGAGGCGUCGGCGAUCUUUCUCUAUUCGAGCGCUGCCUACACGCGCUUGCUGGGGUACCAGAACCACCAGAUCGUGCCAGGCCAGACGAGUUUCUUGGACAUGGUGCAUCCGAGCAAUGUGCAGGACGUUCGCGCAGUGUUUACGAAGCUCAAUACGCUUGGCGAGACCCACAGAUUUAAAUUCCGAAUAAAGUCAAUGGAUGGCGAGUACUUCAACGCGGAGACAACGGCACGAAUGGCCGAGAAGGGCAUUGUGUGUUCGACGCGUGUGAACCGCGACAUGUAA